AUGGAUCCCAAUUAUGAAGAAAUUCUCUCCCAACUCGAGCAUGGGGCCUUGCCCUUCCCCUUCCAAGAAGAAAACUGUGGGCAUAUUAAUGAUGACCCUCUAUCAUCCACUUCACAACUGUGUCUAGAGAACUUAGACCUCUCGAUAUCAUUUGGAAAUUACUCUCCGCACGCAUCCCAGGAGCUUGCGUUGACGCCUCCUUCCUCGACAGACACCUAUAAUCUCUUCUCCCCGGAAGCCGAGAUGGCUCAACUGAAUGAAGAAGACAUCUUCCCUUGUCUUUUUCCUAAAGAUCUGGAGCUCCUGCCAAUGCCGUUUCAAGGAGGAGAUGAUCAGCAGCAUCAAAAUCAACAACAAAGCGAAUCACAAAAGGCGGACCAGUGCUUCCCGGGGAUUGAUUCGCUUUCUGUAUCCACAGAGGAAGCAAGAGUCCAACAAGAAGAAACCCCAGCGCCUAAAAGGCCGUCAUAUACAUCCGCUGCUACUCCAGCUACACCCGCCAUCUCUGGUUUACCCACUCCCUCUACGCCAUAUCUCACUUCACCUUCUGUCUCGCAGACGCCGGUGUCGAGCCCCACAUCUAAGUCCAUUCUCAUUAGUGGUACUAGCACGUUCAGUACUACUACAGCACCCGCAACAUCGAGCCCAAAGAAUGAGCUAGAAGAUUAUGGCCUUGAGAUUUAUCCAGGCGCUUGGCGCUGCAAGCACCCUGAAUGCAAGUCGCAUGUAUUGUAUACCCGCGCUUGCGACUUGCGGAAGCACUUCAAGCGCCACAUUAAACAUCUGUGCUGCCGAAUACCUGGCUGUCCGGAGGCACACAUCCGCGCAUUCUCUAGCAAAAAGGACCUCGAACGGCACGAAAAGAGCCAUAAUCCCAAUGUGCCUUGUGCCUGGCCAACCUGCGAAAAGGUAUUCAGUCGAGAGGACAACAUGCGGGACCAUUUUAGACGAAUCCACCAAAAACCAGACCGCACGCGCAAAAUGACUGCGCGAAAGGCAAACAAGCAAUCCGAAUAG